AUGAUGUACAAGAAAAUCGAGAGGCACAACAAAAUGCAAAAAAUUGCAGGUGUUGUCGGUCUUCGCCUUCGUGUGGAGAACAAGGAGAUAGGAUGGGUUGUUGUUGAGGUGGUCGAAGAUAUGGCAGGUGACAAAGCGGGAAUGAAGAUGGGAGAUUGUAUCCAGGAAGUCGACGGUCUGCCAGUGAAAGAGGCACAGAGUGUGCAGAUCAUUCGAGGGCCUGUAGGAAGCAAAGUGACCCUGAAGGUGGUGCGGGGGCUAAAACAAGCUCUCGUAGAGGUCGAGAAAGACAAACAAGUACAGGAAAGAAGAAGAAAGCAAAUGGAAUCUUUGAAGGAAGACGCGACUAAAACCUCGAGAUUCGAGGAGAUCAAAGACUCGACCGAUGACGACGAUCAAGUAACGAACCAGGACGACUCAAAUGCGGAUGAAACUCCUGAAAUUUUAGAAAUUGUCUUGACAAGGGAAUCUGGGAAAAAGAAUAAUCCCAUCUCAAAGCCCAGGUUUGAUGGUCCAGAACAAGAAGCGAAGAAAGAUCAAUGA